AGACACGAUGCCUUUCUCCUUCAGACGAGUCUCGCAAGCCGCUCAGUGGAUUUGCUGAUUUUCCAAAUUUAUUUCCUUCAAGUUAUUCAACGGGACCGAGGAGCUUUAGAAGCAGAGGAUGCUCCCACAGGUGAUUCGGAUCUUGUACGGCGUGUUUUUCUGCUGUUUCCAGGGAGGCUUUAUCAGACUGAGCUCCUGUAAGGAGGAGACAAAGCCCCCUGGCAGGGCAGGGCCACAGCUGUCUCCGUCUGACUUCCUGGACAAGCUCAUGGGGAGGACGUCGGGCUACGAUGCUCGCAUCAGACCCAACUUCAAAGGUCCAGCUGUGAAUGUCACGUGUAACAUUUUCAUCAACAGCUUUGGGUCCAUCACCGAAACAACAAUGGACUACCGGCUCAAUGUGUUUCUACGGCAGAAAUGGAACGACCCCCGCCUGGCUUACAGCGAGUACCCGGACGACUCCCUGGAUCUGGAUCCCUCCAUGUUGGACUCCAUCUGGAAACCGGAUUUAUUCUUCGCAAACGAGAAAGGUGCCAAUUUCCACGAGGUCACCACUGACAACAAGCUGCUACGGAUUUUCCAAGACGGCAGCGUUCUGUACAGCAUUAGGCUGACUCUUACCUUGUCCUGCCCUAUGGACUUGAAGAAUUUCCCAAUGGACACUCAGACCUGUACAAUGCAGCUUGAAAGCUUUGGUUACACCAUGAAUGACUUGAUCUUUGAGUGGCUGUCUGACAACCCCGUUCAGGUGGCUGAUGACCUCACCCUCCCCCAGUUUGUGCUAAAGGAGGAGAACGAUUUGGGCUACUGCACUAAGCAUUACAACACGGGCAAAUUCACCUGCAUUGAGGUGAAGUUCCACCUCGAACGUCAAAUGGGCUACUACUUGAUCCAGAUGUACAUCCCGUCCCUCCUCAUCGUCAUCCUCUCAUGGGUGUCUUUCUGGAUAAACAUGGACGCUGCACCUGCCAGAGUGGGUCUGGGUAUCACCACUGUACUGACGAUGACCACGCAGAGCUCUGGUUCGAGGGCCUCGCUGCCGAAGGUGUCCUACGUGAAGGCAAUCGACAUUUGGAUGGCGGUGUGCCUCCUGUUUGUGUUUGCCGCCCUGCUGGAAUACGCAGCAGUGAACUUUGUCUCAAGGCAACACAAGGAGUUCAUCAGGCUGAGGAAAAAGCAGCGGCAGCAAAGAAUAGUUUUUGCAAGUCAGCCUGGCAGUGUUGAGUCGUUGCGGAAAGCGAAUGACCUCCCCGGUAACAGUCAACAAUCAUCCUACAGGAACCUGAAUCAGCACUGCAGCGCCUGUGCCAGGGAGGAGGAGCUGGUGAGGGAGAGCCGUGGUUUUUACUUCCGGGGCUACGGACUGGGUCACUGCCUGCAGAACAAGGACGGCGCCGCCGUGGAGGCAGCCGCCGUGUUCACCCCGCCGCCGCCGCCUCUUCCACCUCCGAUUACCCUGUACGACGGAGAGGUACUUCACAAGCGCUUUGUGGACCGGGCCAAGCGCAUUGACACCAUAUCUAGAGCCAUCUUUCCCUUGAGCUUCCUUAUAUUCAACAUCUUCUACUGGUUCACCUAUAAAGUGCUGCGACACGAGGACCUCCAUGCAAAUUUGUAGGAUGCUUUCUGCCGGCUCUAGUUGCUACUUACCCCCCCUCCCGCCGCCCCCGCCCCCACCCCCACCCCUCCCUCAGAACCAAAACUGCCUGUCAUAUCGACAUUACAAUGAGGAGACCGUGUGGGGAGACUUUAAAACUACUGUAAAACCACUGCUAAAAACGUUGUGCUCAGGUGCGUCUUUGGGAUCUCGGACAAAGAGCGAUCGUGCUAAAUGACGGGGUCAAGCUGCGUGGAUUCUACGGCUCAUACGGAUUACAUCAGAGGCAAAACACUACUGGUACUUUUGUGGCUUCAUGACCUUUUGUGUGAAAUGACGAGAGAAGUCGAUGUUGCUCCUGCGAGGAUGAGAUAUACUGACUUGAAUUUUGACACCUUUAAAUGAUUGUUUUCAAAAACUCAAAAGAUAAAAAGGCUUUUUACAAGGUACACAUGGGUGCAGAGGGAGUCUUUGAGAUUUAAUACUUAUUAAGUGGUGACAUUUCAAUUCAUAUUAUAUAUAACGGUGUAUAAAGUGUAUAUUUAAAAAAAGCUGUUCAUUAAACUGCAAAGCACAAAUAUGUAUUUCCUUUUGUCAAAUUGAAAUAAAUUGUUAUUCUGCGAGAAAACUUGAAAUUAUUGGU